GUCCCGGGGCGAGCUGCAAGGACCGCGCUCUGGGGAAAGGCUCAGGAUGGGCCACCUCUGUUGUUUAAGGCUUUUCCUCCUCUGUCCUCCUUCUGCCUCUGGAUUAUUAGGUUCCUGCGAGUUACUCUGGAGCUGAUCAAGACUUCAAGCUAAAGAUGGUGAUGAUGAGUCGCCUGAGGGUCAUUCUUCAAGCCUCUCCAUGCAAGGCACUGUGGAGAAGGUUCCAGAUUCCGAGCACCAUGCUAGCAAGGCCCUGCAGCCUCUACACCUGCACUUACAAAACCCGGAACCGAGCCUUGCACCCUCUCUGGGAGAGCGUGGACCUGGUCCCGGGGGGUGAGCGCCAGUCGCCCAUCAACAUCCGGUGGAGGGACAGUGUCUACGAUCCUGGCUUAAAACCGCUCACCAUCUCUUACGACCCGACCACCUGCCUCCGCGUCUGGAAUAACGGGUACUCUUUCCUCGUGGAAUUUGAAGACUCUGCAGAUAACUCAGUGAUCAAGGGAGGACCCCUGGAACACAACCACCGAUUAAAGCAGUUCCAUUUUCACUGGGGGGCCGUUGAUGCCUGGGGCUCCGAGCAUACUGUGGACAGCAAAUGUUACCCAGCAGAGCUGCACUUGGUGCAUUGGAAUGCAGUCAAAUUUGAAAACUUUGAGGAUGCAGCACUGGAAGAAAAUGGUUUGGCUGUGAUAGGAGUAUUUUUAAAGCUAGGCAAGUAUCAUAAAGAGCUACAGAAAUUGGUGGAUAUUUUGCCAUCAAUUAAGCACAAGGACAUGCUUGUGGAACUUGGGUCAUUCGACCCUUCCUGUCUGAUGCCUACCUGCCCAGAUUACUGGACCUACUCAGGGUCCCUGACUACCCCACCACUCUCCGAGUCUGUCACUUGGAUCAUUAAGAAGCAGCCCAUAGAGGUUGAUCAUGAUCAGCUCGAGCAAUUUCGGACCCUGCUCUCCACUUCUGAGGGGGAGAAAGAGAAAAGAAUGGUGGACAACUUCCGCCCCCUUCAGCCCCUAAUGAACCGCACUGUCCGCUCAUCCUUCCCUCACGACUAUGUGCUGAACAUACAAGCAAAACCCAAGUCGUCUACCAGCCAAGUGACCCCCUUAGACGCCAUUGUCUAGGUGGUCUCUUGCUUAAAUAUAUACUAGUUCUUUAAAAAUUGCUAACUAGACUCUUCUAAAUGCCUGCAUUUAAUAAUUAUGGAUGUGCCUUUCUUGGUAUGGCAGCGCUCCUUAGUCUGAGGGAAGCUCUUUGGUAAACAAAUUCUUACUUUUAUUGAUAAUGAUGUUUAUCACUGAAGUACCAGCAAGAGACACAAAUUUCUCUUAUAGCAACCUGCUGGUAAUUGUAAUGUCUUUUUAUGUGUGACAUUUUUGAGCUGUCUUUUUAUUGAUAUGUUUAUCAAUUGGUGGUUCUACAGUUAUAAGUAGGGAUGAUAAUCAAAAUAUUUAACAACUGGUAAGGCACAGACACUGACCAUCCAGAAUGCAGGCUUUUCAGAAACAGCCACAGGACCCAGACUGGUACUUCUUGGCUGAACAUUGGCUAUGGUUUUAGGUAUAUUUUAUUUUAAAACAUGAAUGAGUAUUCUUUUAUAAGGCCUUCUCAAUGGGUAUAUUUGCCUUGAUUUUCACUUGUCAUUACUCGUACAGGAUAUGAUUACUUACUAUCAAUUUAUAAUAUAGAAAAAAUAUUUUGUGAGCUUCCUUGGCAGCACAGUGGUUAAGAAUCUACCUGCCAAGGCAGGGGACAUGGGUUCGAGCCCUGGUCCGGGAAGAUCCCACAUGCUGAGAAGCAACUAAGCCCGUGCGCCACAACUACUGAGCCUGCUCUCUAGAGCCUGUGAGCCAUAGCUACCGAGCCCGCGUGCCACAACUACUGAAGCCCACACGCCUAGAGCCCGUGCUCCGCAACAAGAGAAGACACCGCAAUGAGAAGCGCGUGCACCGCAACGAAGAGUGGCCCCCGCUCGCCACAACUAGAGAAAACCCGCACGCAGCAACAAAGACCCAACGCAGCCAAAAAUAAAUAAAAAUAAAAUAAAUUUAUUUUUAAAAAAAAGAAAAAAUAUUUUGUAAUCCUAAAAACACAAGGGUUUACUUAUAUCCAGAAAUCCUUUUGCAUUUCUGAAAGUCAGAUGUUUUACUUAAAGGCUUGAUCAUAUAGAAAGCACAUGCAGAAUAUUUUAAAGAAAAAGCUUUAAGUGCCUAGAACUUAAAAUUCUUUCAUGAUCCAUUUACAGAAAUACUUUUCAAAAGGCUAGUAAUAUAAUAGUCUAUGGUUUAUAGUAUUAUUUUGAAUUGUUUGUACAUUGUUUCAUAGAAUACAAUAAUAUUUUCCACAAUGACAGAACUAUCUUGACUUCCCUUUAAAACUACCUGAACUUUACUUCAUUAGUUGAGGUUCUGUGCAAGGCAGGUGAUCAACAUAAAUCUCCUAAUUUAUACAGUGGUUUAGAAGACUUUUGCAGGGACUUCCCUCGUGGCCCAGUGGGUAAGACUCCACGCUCCCAAUGCAGAGCACCCGGGUUUGAUCCCUGCUCAGGGAACUAGAUCCCACGUGCAUGCCGCAACUAAGAGUUUGCAUGCCGCAACUAAGACCUGGUGCAACCAAAAUAAAAUAAAUAAAUAAUAAAAUAAAUAAACAUUUAGAAGACUUUUGCUAUAAUAAUAGGGAGAGAAAGCUGUCAAAUAGGCUAAAACCUAGAUAAUUCUACAUAUUCUGAGGAAUCCAUGCCACUGUUGCCCUUGCUUGUAAAUACGUGGAAUAUUUUUAAUUGCCUAUGCCUGUGUUCAAAAUCAAUACUGCAUUUACUAGUAUAUUUCUUUCAUUAGUAUGCUAGUCAUCCAAUCUGCAAGAUAAGGUUGGAUGAAUAUACUUAACACUACUGAACUAUACACCGAAAAAGGUUAAGAUGGCAAGUUUUAUUUUAAUCUGUAUUUUACCACAAUUAAAAAUAACUAAUAAAUUCAGUAGGGAAAAAAAUAGGGUUGGAGUUGUAUGUGUAAGUUUGGGGGCAUAUCUCUGCUCUUAAAAAAGGAAGGGGGUAAAGGCAUUGCUUCUAGAGUGCAUGCCUUCUCUGGAAAAGGGAAGCAUGUAUGCUCUAGGAAAUGAGUAAAAUCCUUUAAAAGAUUAAUAUGGGGAAAAAGUUAUGUUAACUUUAUACAUUUUAUCUGUUUUAAACCAUAGUUAUCUUUAAAAGGUAAACACACAAGGUAUGCAUUUUUCAGGGCACACAGGCUUCCCUCCUAGGUCUCUUGCAAAUUCUUUUUUUUUUCUUUUUGCGGUAUGCGGGCCUCUCACUGUUGUGGCCUCUCCCGUUGCGGAGCACAGGCUCCGGAUGCGCAGGCCCAGCGGCCAUGGCUCACGGGCCCAGCCGCUCCGCGGCAUAUGGGAUCCUCCCAGACCGGGGCACGAACCCAUAUCCCCUGCAUCGGCAGGCGGACUCUUAACCACUGCGCCACCAGGGAGGCCCUCUUGCAAAUUCUUAAUGCAAAAUUCAAUUGCAGUGAGUCUUCCAAAUUGACUCUCAGAAUGCCUGACUUGCCCUUCUAUCUCAGAGAUACAAAGGAUGUAUUCAUAGGGUGUGUCCCUGUUGGCCAUCCCUGAUCAACUUACAUCUGGUGUUCUGGUAUAGUUAUUAACAGCACCCUCUUUCACUCUCAACCAUGUCCUGCUUUGCAUGACAAAUUCUUGGUCACCUUCUCUGCAGAGGUUAUGCAAAAUGCCUUGGGGAUGUGGUUUCUUCCAUGCCUUAAUCAGAUGACCCCCAAGGGGGUGAUGUAAAUUUCCUGGCUACUGAUACACCCUCAGGGGAAACUUUUCAUGUCUUUUCUGCCUCCAAAAAGUGUUUUACUUGUGCCUUCCUAGACAUGAAGGGGGAAAGUGGGCUUGAGGGCUGUCAAAGGGCUUGAGAAAGAAUUCUGUACUAAAAUUGCUGCUUAUCUUCAUUAAAUAAUAUAA